AGGCCUAUAUAAGCAGACCCUUUCUUCCCGUCUGCGUCCUGCCCGACACAUUUGUUUCACAAAGAGCUGAAGAGUAAAGCUUUCUGCAGAAGAAUCCUGCUGUUGUUGCGUGCUGUUCUUGCCGGCGAGGACGGGGUGCGCGACAAGUGGUGCCGAAACCCGGGAACCAGAACAUCACCGGCACAGGGAGGACCCUUCAGACAUCUGGAGAGGAUUCAGAACUGCAGGACAGAAGAAAGCCCGGAGAGGGUGAAGAAAACCCCUUCUGGAUCCCGGAACGCCUGACCAGGAAAGUCCUGAACAAAGGAGAUGGCGUCUCUGUGCCUGUGGAUCCUGCUCUUGUCGAUGGGAAUCCUGACUCAGGGAGUACUGAGAUGGGGAAUAUUGUCAGUCUUCCCUAAGCCCAUGCCUGUUCGCUAUAAUGCAGCAGUUUUUCCACGCUUUUUUACUACUAACUCUAGCAUGAACCUGCCUUACUUACCAUUAGAUUCUCUAGCAGCUUCUUUAGGAGAAAACCGAACCUUUGAAACCGAUGGAUCUUUGUGCUUCACCACUCGUAACCACUCAAAUUGCCUGUCCCUUAAACAGCAUAUGUACGGGUGGUUUAGCCGUGAUAGAAAAUCGGGUGAAUUUAGUCAGUCCUUUCGUGAGAAUAAGACCUACACUAAUGCAGCAGUAAGCCAAAUGGUCCUUUGGAUCAAUGGUACAUUUGUGAAACCUCCUAUUAAGCAGAUUAAUUAUAGCAACAUAUUCUUCCCUUACCGUCCCCGUCAACCCAAAUAUGCUCCCCAUUGUGUGGGAGAUUAUGAGGGAGAACCAUGGCCCUGGACAGACUGCCAGUCAGCUACAGUGACUUGGGCAGACACACACCAGAGGUUCACUAUCUCCCCAGAUAUGACCAAAGGUAGAAGUUGGGGAACAGCAAUGAUAAAAGAUAGCAAUUACUCCCAGCCUAUGAACAGGAAUCCUUUUCACAAAUGGAUGCUGUGUGGCAUUAAUGGCUCUUGUACAGACCUGUCCCCACUAUCCGCCCUUUUGGGUGGAGGGAAAGGCGUCAGCUACAACAUGACCUAUCAGUGCUAUACUGAUGUGAAAUCCUCAAGCCCUACCACUCGUUUCUGUUCCCCGGUCUAUUCUACGCAGGGAGCCCCCAGGCUCCCCUUCCCACCAGCUCCAGUAUGCCUUUCCCCCCCAUUCCUGUUUAUCUUGUCCAAUGAUGGUUUUAACUCCUGUUCCAAUACCUCCUGUUUUCUGUCUCAGUGCUGGGAUGCGCUUAACUUUACCAAUGCCUUAAUAGCCCGUAUUCCUCGUUGGGUCCCUGUCCCAGUAGACGCACCUAAUACCAUGACACUGUUUCGAGAGAAACGUGACUUCGGACCUACCUUGUCAGCCAGCCUGGGGAGGCUGCGGACCCUGCAGGCGUGCGGGGCUCAGGCCGUCCGACCUCCUCCUAGCCUCCUUCCCGGAAAAUCCCACCUCUCGGAAAACUUUCUCACGAGGCAGAUUUGA